GCCAAGCCCUGGCCCGGCGGAGAGCGGGGUUCGCCGCCGCCGCUGUCGCUCCAGUCGCCGCCCCUGGCAGCGGGGGAGCCCGGGUGCCCCCAGCGCAGUGACACCCCCGCCCCGCCCGCCGCGCAGCCCGCAGCCCCGCGGAGCCGGGAAGGGCGAACAGCACCUGCCAAAUUUUUGAGACAGCUCACGGCUUAGGGGAAGGCUCAUCUAAAUAAAGGCCGGCUAAAGUGACAUAGCAGGACUUAAUCCUCCACUCGCCGGCCGCCCGCCCCGGCCGGAAGGCUGUUGGCAGCUUUCUUCUUUCUGGGGCUCCAGAUGAUUAGGUCUCGGGCCCUGCGACCUGCCGACCUGCCGGCAAGAGCCUCGUGAAAUGAGGGAGGUCAGAGCUGAGCGCCAGCAGCCCGGGCCCCGGGGGCCUCCACAGUGAUAGAUCCUCUGACCCUCAAAGGAAAUAGCAAACCGGACCGUGGUCCCAGGACCAGCGCCUAGCCCAGAGCAUCAGGCUGCACUGCGGCCAGGAAGUUCCUGCAGCCGGACAGGGGGUGACAGCGGUGCAAGGACGUGCGCCCCCCGCACAGUGAGAGCUGGAAGUCCAGCACAGGAAGGUGAGGGCCUCCGGGGAAGCUCUGCGGGCUCCGCUGCCUCCUGCAGGCCGGCUCUGAUGGGCUGGGGCCCUGGCGGUCCCUAACGCCCCUCGCCCACCCAAGGGGCCUCUUCUGCGCCUCCCAACCUGCCGCUGGCCGCGCCUCCUGGCUGAGAUGGAGACGGGAGCCGCUGCGGUGCCAUGACGAUGACAGCAGUGUGCGUGGAUGGAGGCGGCCCGGUGAGCCCGCACUGCGCCCGGUGGGACCGGCGGGACAGCGUGGAGAGUGGCUGCCCCACGGAGUGCAGCAAGGAGGAGGCCGAGGGGCAGGCGCGCCAGCUGACGCCCUUCGAGAAGCUGACCCGGGACAUGUCCCAGGACGAGAAGGUGGUGAGAGAGAUCACGCUGGGGAAGCGGAUCGGCUUCUACCGCAUCCGCGGGGAAAUCGGCAGCGGGAACUUCUCCCAAGUCAAGCUGGGGAUUCACUCCCUGACCAAAGAAAAGGUGGCCAUUAAAAUCCUGGACAAGACCAAGUUAGACCAGAAAACCCAGCGGCUGCUCUCCCGUGAAAUCUCCAGCAUGGAGAAACUGCACCACCCCAACAUCAUCCGCCUUUACGAAGUCGUGGAGACCCUGUCCAAGCUCCACUUGGUGAUGGAGUACGCGGGGGGCGGGGAGCUCUUCGGGAAAAUUAGCACCGAAGGGAAGCUCUCGGAACCAGAAAGCAAUUUCAUCUUCUCCCAGAUUGUGUCUGCUGUGAAGCACAUGCACGAAAACCAAAUUAUCCACAGAGACCUGAAAGCAGAAAACGUGUUCUACACCAGCACCACCUGCGUGAAGGUGGGCGAUUUCGGGUUCAGCACAGUGAGUAGAAAAGGGGAGAUGCUGAACACGUUCUGUGGGUCCCCUCCCUACGCUGCGCCUGAACUCUUCCGAGACGAGCACUACGUGGGCGUGUAUGUGGACAUCUGGGCCUUGGGGGUGCUUCUCUACUUCAUGGUGACUGGCACCAUGCCAUUUCGGGCAGAGACCGUGGCCAAGCUGAAGAAGAGCAUCCUCGAGGGCGCGUACAACGUGCCUCCCCACAUGUCGGAGCCCUGCCUCCGCCUCAUCCGGGGAGUCCUCCAGCCCAUACCCUCUGAGCGGUACGGGAUCGACUCCAUCAUGAACCAUGAUUGGAUGCAAGGGGUGCCAUACCCCACCCCUCUGGAACCUUUCCAGCUUGACCCCAGACAUUUGUCAGAAACCAGCACCCUCAAAGAGGAAGAAAAUGAGGUCAAAAGCACCUUAGAACAUUUGGGUAUCACAGAAGAGCAUAUUCGGAACAACCAAGGGCGAGAUGCCCGCAGCUCCAUCACGGGGGUCUAUCGCAUCAUUCUGCAUCGGGUCCAAAGGAAGAAGGCUUUGGAGAGUGUCCCAGUAAUGAUACUACCAGACCCUAAAGAACGGGACCUAAAGAAAGGGCCCCGUGUCUACAGAGGCAUAAGACACACAUCCAAAUUGUGCUCAAUUUUAUAAAUUGCGUCAGACUGGUGGUAAUUAACCAAGGUCAUUGUUGCUGUUUUUAAACUUUUUCACGGUCAACUUGGUGGGGACAUUUUUAUAAUUUCUAAAUAAAUUUAAAUUUAAGGUAUACAUUCUUUCCCCCAAAAGAAGUGUAUUAGCUCAAAUUCUGGCUUGAU